UUUAUGAUCAUUUUCUUAAGUAUCAAUAUCAUAAUAUAUAUUCUUUCAAUAAUAAUACUUAGUUGUUGUUGUUUUGUCUUGUUAAGUAAUAACAGAAAGAAAGAAAGAAAGAUAGAAAGAAGGGAAUUGUGUGUACUUACCAUGGAAUUUGUUAUUUCAAUUGGAGCCAAAAUAGCUGACUAUACAGUUGCACCAGUGGGACGGCAGUUGGGUUAUCUGUUUCGCUACACAACCAACGUAAGUGAACUCCGGACUCAAUUGGAAGAUUUGAACAAUGCCACACAAAGAAUGGAACGCCGUGUCAAUGAAGCCCUGAAUAACUGUCAUGAAAUCGAGGCUGAUGUCCAAACAUGGCAGAAGAACGCUGAACAAAUCUCUGGAGAGGCCACCACUUUUCUUAACCCCCAAACUCAUGCAAAGGCCUUGUGCUCUUGUGGAUCCCCUCAUCAUUUGGUGACGCGACACCGACUCAGUAGGAAAGCAAACAAGAUGUCAAUCAACGUACGUGAACUGCUCUCCAAGAAUAAAGAAUUUGAUUCCAAAUCGAUUUCGUUUCCUCGUCGACCAGAAGAUUCCUCUGCAACACCAACGAAAGGGUACGAGAGUUUUUAUUCAAGGGGGGAAAUUCUGAAGAGCAUAUUGGCAGCUGUUGGAGAUGGUAAUAGGAAGAGGAUAGGGUUGCAUGGAAUGGGUGGAAUUGGCAAGACUAUGCUUGCCAAAGAAAUUACUAGACUAGCUCAGGAAGACAAGUUGUUUAGUAAGGUGGUCAUGACAACUGUUUCUCAAACACCAAAUAUAAAAGAGAUUCAACAACAUAUUGCCGAAAAGCUUGGUUUGAAGUUGGAAGAGAAAGACAGUACGGGCAAGAGAGCAGAACUUCUUCGAAUGCGAUUGAAGCAAGACGAAAGCAAGAUUCUAUUAAUCCUUGACGAUAUUUGGAAUGAACUUGAUCUAGAAGCUAUUGGAAUCCACGAAGAGUGCAGGAUGCUAAUAACCUCUAGAGAUCAACAAGUUUUACGCAACUUCAUGGGUGUGGCGGAGAGUAAUGUGUUCUUAAUUGGUGCUUUAGAGUCGAGUGAAGCCAUCAAUUUGUUCAUAAAAAUCAUUGGAGACACUAAAACAGAUUACAUUAAUGCUUUGGCACUUGAGAUUGUUAAUGAAUGUGGAGGCUUGCCAAUUGCCAUUGCAACAGUGGCGCAUGCUUUGAAAUACAAAAAGGAGGAGGCCAUAUGGAAGGAUGCAUUACGACGACUAAAGAGUUCAGAUGUGAAUGAUAAAGUCUACUCGAGCAUUAAGUUGAGUUACGAUUUUCUUGGAAGUCAUGAGGAGGAAGCCAAAUCAUUAUUAUUGCUCUGUGCUUUACAUAAGGAAGAUGAAGAAAUACAAGUGGAAGACCUGAUGAGAUACAGCAUGGGUUGGCGCUUGCUUCAAGGCAUCUACGCAGUGAGUGAAGCAAGAAACAGGGUGAAUUCAUUGGUUGAUACACUGAAAUCUCAUUGUCUGUUGUUGGAUGGUACAAGUACAAGUGAUGAAGUGAAGAUGCACGAUGUCAUUCGAGAUGUUUGCAUAAAAAUUGCAAAGGAAGAUCAUGGGCAUGGGCAUAUGAUGAUGAAUAAUAUUACUAGUGCUGCUAUGUAUGAAGAAUUUGUAUUCCAUGAAAGACAUAAAGCAUCUAAAGCAAUUUCUUUUCUUGACUAUGGUCAUUUUGAUAAUCUUCCUCAAAAAUUGGAUUGUCCUAUGCUAGAAUUACUUCUUCUAUCUAGUGGGUCUUAUUUGGAAUCAAUUCCGAAUGAAUUUUUUGAACAAACAAGGCAGCUUCAAGUUUUGUGUAUGAAUCGUACAUGGAUAGGAUCAUUACCUUCGUCUUUUGCUUCUCUUCAAAAUCUCCAAACAUUACGUUUGCGUGAUUCUUCUCUGGAAGAUAUAGCAGUGAUUGGUGAGUUAAAGAAUUUAAAAGCUCUUGAUCUGUCUUACUGUCAUUCCAUUGAGCGGUUGCCAAAAGAAAUAGGAGCAUUGACGCUUUUGCAAGUGCUAGAUCUACGAGAAUGUUAUAAACUAAGAGUGAUAGAGGCAAAUGUCAUUUCAAAUUUGACACAGAUAGAAGAGCUCUAUCUUCCUCAUGAAUUUGAAGGAUGGGAUGAGAUUAUUAAUGAAGAAGGUGGAGUAAGAAAUGGCAGUCUUAUUGAAAUAAAGAGUUUGCAACGACUAACUGCUUUACAUUUAUAUGUACCAAGACAACAUGUUCUGCCACAGGGUUUGUUUUCUGAAAAAUUGGAGAGAUACAAUAUAUCUAUUGGAGUUAAAAAUUCCAAUAUGUAUGGAGUUAUAACUUCAAGCAAGAUGUUGCGCCUACAACUCUACCAACUGGAUCAAAUAUAUGGGAGUGGACUGGAUUUGGUGAUGAAAGGAUCCGAAUAUUUAUCAUUAGAUGGAUUGAAUUGUGUCAACAAUGUUUUUCAUGACCUCCAUAAAGAUGGUUUUCCUAGAUUAAAGGAAUUGAGUUUUGGGAAUAAUGAUGGGUUCCAUUAUAUCAUUAAUUCCACUCAUCAUCAAGCCUUUCCAUCUUUGGAGUCACUACGCCUUAGUGGGUUAAGAAGCUUGGAAAGCAUUAUAUGUCAUGGUGGUAAUAAUAAACUCCCAAUAGGCUCCUUCAAUCAAUUGAGAGAGGUGUAUGUGAGGUGUUGUGGUAGAUUAAAGAAUUUGUUCCCUUUGAGUGUGGCCAAACUACUUCAUCAGAUUACAGUACAAGAAUGUGAGAUGAUAGAAGAGAUCAUAGUGAGAGAAGAUGGUGAUGAAGUUGGCCAUAACAUUGAUGGUGAUGAUGAUCACUCUUCUUCUUUGCAAUUACGUUCCUUGCAUUUAGAGUAUUUACCAAAGUUGGUCCAAUUCUAUUGCUCCAACCACAGGGCAGUUUGGGAGUCAGAUCAUUCGAAGCCUUUAUUCAGUGAAACGGUUUGUUUUCCUAACUUGGAGGAUUUAACCAUUAAGAAAAUGGACAUAGAAAUGUUAUGGCCAGAACAGCUUAUGUUAUCAUCAACAUCAAGUUUUUACAUGCAAAACUUAACAAGCUUAAAAGUGGGAAGCUGCCAUAAUUUAAAGUAUCUAUUCUCUUCCUCUGUUGCUCAAAAGUUUGUAAACCUCAAGAAAAUAAAAGUCGAAGAUUGUGAGGGAAUGGAAGACAUAAUAAGAGUAGUAGAUCAACCUGGAGAAGAAGAAAGUACUCAUCAUCAUCAUGAUCAGAUAGAAAGGAUUGAUUUGCUCCCUAAAUUACAAUCUGUUAAGCUUGUUGGCCUUUCAUCCUUGCAAACAUUUUGUACUGCAACAAAUUCAUCAUUAUGUAUGGUAUUUCCACUCCUAUCAAAGCUACUAAUAAAGGACUGUUCAACAAUGGAGGAACAAGCAACAUUAUCAACACAAGAACCUUUCUUCAAUAAAAAGGUUUCUUUUCCUAAAUUGGAGGAUUUGACUAUGAUAAGAACCAACAUAGAAAAGUUAUGGCCAGACCAACUUAUGCUAUCAUCAUCAUCAUCAAGUUCUUACAUGCAAAACUUAACAACCUUAGAAUUGGAAAGGUGCGAUAAUUUGAAGUAUGUAUUCUCUUUCUCUCUUGCUCAAAAGUUUGUAAACUUACAGAGUAUACGAGUCAAAGAUUGUGAGGCAAUGGAAGACAUAAUAAGAGUAGUGGAUCAACCUGGAGAAGAAGAAACUACUCAUCAUAAUCAGAUGAAAAGGAUUGAUUUGUUCCCUAAAUUAGAAUUUCUUCACCUUCAUGGCCUUUCAUCCCUCCAAAAAUUUUCUAGUGCUGAAAAGACUUCAUUUCCAAACUUAAAAGUGUUGACUGUUCAGAAUUGUAACAAAAUGAAGUCUCUGUUAUCAUCUGCCAUGGCUCGAAACCUUGUACAACUUGAGAGCUUACAUGUAAAUGAAUGUGUGAAGAUGGAAGAGGUAAUAGUGAGUGAUGAGGAAUAUUCAUCAUCAUCAUCAUCAUUAGGUGGCACUAAUAUUGAAGCAAUAAUACCAUUUCAAAAACUUGAAUAUCUCCAUCUUUGGAGUCUUCCAAACCUUAAAAGGUUUUGUAAAGGAGAUAAUUGCAUUGAAUGUCCAUUGUUGUCUAAAAUGAUUGUAUUGGGUUGUCCUAAACUGAAGGAGUUUAUGGGUGAUAAAAGGGCAUCAUCAUCAUCCUUAUCAUGUACUACUACUACUACUACUACUGAUAAUAAUGUUAUUGGUGAAGAAAUGGAUAGCAUGGUGUCCACUCCUAAUACACAAAGUCUGUUCAAACACAAUAAUAAGGUAAUUUUUCCUAUGCUAAAGGAAUUAAAGAGUGAUUGGAGUGAAGGAAUUAAGGAGAUAUUUGAGAUGAGUGGUAAUAGUGAUUCAAUGAUAUUGUUUCCUAACCUCUCCACAAUAAAGUGUAGAUCUCGUGAUGAACCAAUUAGUGUACCAAAUUUGAAGUUAUUCCUUCACAAAUAUCAUACAAUCCGUACACUUAAAUUGUGUGGCUCCUUUGUAAAUAUAAGUAGUGGUGGUGAUGGUGAAUUGAUCAACUACACUACACCUUCUUCUUCUUUGAAGGAACUAUUCAUUAAAGAUGUUGAUAUGGUUGAUGAUGUGUUUGGGGUGGAACCAUCAUCACAUAAUAAUAAUAAUAAUAUUGUUCUCUUAUUUCCAAAUUUAAAAAGAGUAAAGGUUAGGGGAUGUAUGAGAUUACAGAGCUUUGCACCCUCCUUUAUGUCUUUCCCCAACUUAAAAACUCUACAAGUAUCAACAUGCCAUGGGCUGAGGUAUUUAUUGUCUUCCUCAACAGCAACCACUCUUGUACAAUUGCAACGAAUGGUAAUAACAGAUUGUGAUGAAAUGAAGGAGAUUAUUAUUAAUCAUAAUGGUAAUGAAGAAGAGGAAGAAGAAAAAGACUCCCUAAUUGUUUUGCAAAAUUUGAAGCAACUAGAACUUCAAAAUUUACCCAGUCUCCAAAGCUUCUACUCAGGAAAUAAAGUUAUUUUGAGUUUCCCAAAUUUGGAAGAAUUAUAUAUCUACAGGUGUUCUAGGAUGGGGAGAUUUUCAGAUGGGAUCGUAAACACCUCUGCAUCAUUAUUGAACACAAUUAAGGUUGAUGAAGAAAUAAUUCGUGUGGAAAGAGAUGAUGUUAAUGCAACCUUGGCAAAACAUUUCAAUUUGGGAUUACCACACUUAUUUGCUCAUCAAAUGGAUGAUGAUGAUGAUGAUGAUGAAGCAUAAUUAUAUGUAUAUCCAAAGUUUGUUGUAAGAGGAAUUCAUUAUAUUAUCAUGUGAAGGGAAAGGAAAGGAAUAAUACUAUUGAGUUUGACUAUGACUACAUACAAUCUUAUAAUAUUAUUAAAUCAUUGUUACUUUGUUACUUAAUUAAUCUAGUAAUUAUUGGUUUUA